CAUGGUAACGCCCCGCCCACCGGCGCCAUCUUCCAGGACCCGGGCGGGGCCCUGGGCUUUGGGGCGCAGCUGGGGAGCGAACGCGGGUUACCACCCAGACUCAGAACUGGUUUCAGAGGUAUAGGCACAGGUGGACAGGGAGGGAGUGAUGGUGGCAGGGAAGUUGGGGAGCCACGGCCACCGGGAAAGAACCUGGCAGUGUCAGGCAGCCCUCAGCACUCAUCCGGCUCCUUCCUACUGGCAUGCUGCUUCAAUCUGAAGAAAAGUCCAAGUUCUUUUUAGUUUUCUGGAAAAAGAGGCCUUUCCCAGGGGCCCAGAACUGCCCAGGAGGACAAUGGAGUCUGGAGCUCGCCCAGUUGGUAGCAGCUGCAGCAGCCCUGCAGCACUCUCACGGGAAUACAAACUAGUGAUGCUGGGUGCCGGUGGAGUUGGGAAGAGCGCCAUGACAAUGCAGUUCAUCAGCCACCGAUUCCCAGAAGACCACGACCCCACCAUUGAAGAUGCAUAUAAGAUCCGGAUCCGCAUUGAUGAUGAACCUGCCAAUCUGGACAUCCUGGAUACAGCAGGACAGGCAGAGUUUACAGCCAUGCGGGAUCAGUACAUGAGGGCAGGAGAAGGAUUCAUCAUCUGUUACUCCAUCACGGAUCGUCGAAGUUUCCAUGAAGUUCGGGAGUUUAAACAACUGAUUUACCGAGUCCGACGCACUGACGAUACACCGGUGGUUCUUGUGGGAAACAAGUCCGACCUAAAGCAGCUGAGGCAGGUCUCCAAGGAAGAGGGAUUGUCUCUGGCUCGAGAAUUCAGCUGUCCUUUUUUUGAGACCUCUGCUGCCUAUCGUUACUACAUUGAUGACGUUUUCCAUGCUCUCGUACGGGAGAUCCGUAAGAAAGAGAAGGAGUUAGUACUGGCCAUGGAGAAAAAGGCUAAACCCAAAAGCAGCGUAUGGAAGAGGCUGAAGUCACCAUUCAGGAGGAAGAAAGACUCAGUAACCUGAGGGAAGUGGGCGUGCCUGCUGUGAACUGCAGUGCUCCUUGAGGCAGUCCAGUAACUGCAAUAGUGAGCAUGCUUCUUGCUCUCCUGCUGUGUGGCUAUUCUAAACAUCACUGGCGAGGGGACUUGCCUACUGGGAGUUGUCAUUGACUUACUGUCUAAAGCCCUGUGCUAGGUGACUCUGACACAUGAACUCAUCAGGGCCAUGUCUACUCCUUAAUUGUCACAUUAGAAUUUGGUCGGCCAUUGUUUUGGUUAUGUUGCUGAUGUAAAUUUAUCUGUGUAAAUCAUUUCUACCCAGGAGAGUAUGUGUGCACUUGACUUAAGUUUACAACAGAACAUUGUGUUGUAUUCUCCCCACCACCCUUCAACCUGAACUUCCUGGUACUGUCUCACAAAUGGACCUCUGCCUUGUGUAGCCACACACUGUGUGUCCUGGAGACAGAGCAGAGAUCGAGUAGGGAAACUGGUGUGAAAGGUGAGCAGGCAUCUGCGGAGUGGACUCCUGUGGUGGACCAUGGAGUGCGGAGGUUUAGGGAGAUCCUGCCAUGUGCUCACACAAGAACACAUAGCCGGAAACAUGCAGGUCAGACCUGUGUUCCUGUAGUGAGCCCCAGAACUGCACAUUUGACCCAAAGGCACUCAGGUGGUAAAAUGAGACAGAAGCGUAUUUCUCCCUGAACAUGCUUGAUUCUUCCUUCCGUGUCUGCCUUUCUUUACCUGUGCGACCUGGCUCUGGAUCUGGGGCCAUUGCUAGAUCACUUGAAUCUUACUGAAAUCCUUUGUUGGGCUAGGCAUGUGGCUCAUGGCUGUAGGCCUACUAUUUUUAAGUCUGAAGCAGAAGGACUACUAUGAGUUUGAGGUUACCCUGGAUUGCAGAAUGAGAACCUGUCUCAGAAAAGCAAAACCACAAGUAAAUAAAAACAAAUUCUUUCUUAGGACCACUAUACCACAGGACUUGUCCAGUUUUCUAUCCCCUUUGAAAGGUCAGGCAAGGCCUGAUGAUUUUUAGGCCUGUCAUUCAUCUAAUGUUAUUGCCCAAACAGAAGAACUAUCAGGAGUCUGAGUAAAAUCGUAAAAUCGUGUUCCCUUAACCUCCACAGUCCUUAGACUUGUGGCUCAAAGGUCUGUGAUGCCUCUGUCCAGUGGAGCAGGCUUGAGCCUUUAGUCCUCACUUGUGGGAAUUGGCUUCACCAUCACAAGAUUUCCUCCGAGUUGUCAGAGCAGCCUCAGCAGAGAACAUGCCACUUGGCUUCUGUGUGUGGUUGAGACUACUCCUACAAAAAGCAGCAUUAACCGUUAGUGGUGAACUCUCUGUCAUGGGGUCAGGAUCCUCUUGCUGUCUGAAAGCGCUGUGUGUGUGGCACAUUCAGGAGAGCCACGAUCACUCCAGGCUUGGGUGCCAUCGGCAGUGCCUCUCGAAAGCUGCCACUCAGCUUUCCGCUCCCCACUGUCAGAGGAUCCAGUGAUCCUCUGGAUCUGUGAUCCAGAUCCCACAAGGAGCCUCUGCUGGGACUUUUGAAUUCUGGGUAGUUGUCUUUUGAAAAUCCUAGUAACUGUUGCUACUAUGCAAAUUGUGUCUUAAUACUCAAGCCAUCAAAGCAUCCAAAACAGAGACCAUAGCACUUUGGAGAAGCAACAAAGUAGAAAGAAAGCACAGCAGCGACCUCUGAAGAGUAUCUCACUGGACAAGGACUGUCAGGCUGAAUGUCUUCACUGCUCAGGGCUCAGUCUCUGUCAGCAGGAUGGUCAGCAGGGCCAAGCAAGGCACUGACAAGCCACAGUGAUGGAAGAUUGUCAAGGCCAUAGAAAACCACUGCCAGAAAGACCUGUGAGAGAGGGGAUUUGUUCUGUACGAGGAAGACUUCAGUGAGUGUUUUUAAGGCUAGCCCUGUCACACAUUGGACCAUGGAUAAACUAGUCCCUUAGUUUUCAUUGAGAAUUGUAUUCAUGGUGCUCGGUAGCUCCGGCAGUGCAGUGUGUGUGAGCCGAGGGACACCUCAGUGGUCCACAAGCUCCAGGUCAUCAGGACUGUCUAACCUGAAGGCAUCAAAAAUCAAAUAUUCCCUAGAAUUUUGAGAAGAUUCAGGGACAAGUUGAAAGGCACUGGAACUGUGUUGAAGCCAGAUUUGUAAUUACAAGUAACUAUAACCGGUAGGGAGGUAAAUUUUAACCUUGAUAUAUUGGGAAAGCAUUGCAUGCCACCUGGGAAGGAGUUCUUCACUGGCACAUUCACAUAGGAAGGCAAUCUGUGCAGCACAAUACAAGAUGUGUAAA